AUGGCAUCGUUCACAACCAGCGAGCCGCCGGUCCCGCGCAACCACCCAGGCACGUUGACGACGGCGACGACCACGCCGACACCAAGCUUCGGAGGAAAUGGCUCCUUUACGCUCUCAUGCAGCACGCGCAUCGCCGCCUCACCAGACACCUGCCUGGGCGUGCUGCUCAAGACGGGCGAUUACCCGAGCUGGAACCCGCUGAUCCCCAAGGUGACGAUGGACGCGCCGCCCGCACACCCGGAGACGGACGAGGCGAAGCUGCCGCCGGCGCACCUGCGCGGGGCGGACUACGUGGCCAAGGGCACGCUCAUGACGUUCGAGGUGCACGUCGAGCUCAACCCGGACAAGAUCACCAACCGCACGCCCAUCGAGUGCACCAUGCUGGAGCCGUUCCCCGGCGAGCGCAAGGGCUGGCGGCUCGCGUGGAAGCCGACGAGCUUCCCGGAGUGGUUCAUGCGGUCGGAGCGGAUCCAGGAGGUCGUGGACGAUGGCAACGGCGGCACCGAGUACACGUGCUGGGAGACCUUUUACGGGCCUUUCUCGCCGGUCAUCAGGAUGGUGGUGGGCGCGAAGCUCUGCAAGGGCUUCGAGGGCUGGGCAGAGGGAAUGAAGAAGUUCGCGGAGGGCUUGGAGAAAUGA